AUGGCUGAAUGUGGUAGAAGCCGCUCCCGGCUCCGUCUUGUGGGUGGCUCCGAUGCCACACUGGGAGACUGGCCGUGGCAGGCCAGUCUAUUCCAGGACGGAUUCCCCAUCUGUGGGGGCUCCCUCAUUACUGAAUCCUGGGUCCUCUCUGCUGCUCACUGUGUGGUAUCGAAUGGGACUCUGAGUCCACCAGAGGAGUUUACAGUGUACCUGGGCUUGCAGACUGAAUUGGCAAUGUUUGAGAACCACACACAGUACUGGAAUGUAACAGAAAUUCUGAUCCCAGAUAAUUACACUGAAGCAUGGUUUGGGAGCGACAUUGCCCUGUUGCAUCUGUCUGAACCUGCCAACCUCACAGAGUUUGUGCAGACCAUCUGCCUGCCCCAGGGCAAUCACAGCUUCCCCCAUGGAACCUCCUGCUGGGCCACAGGCUGGGGAAAUAUACGUGAAGGCGUAAUGCUGCCAUACCCAGGGCAGCUCCAGGAGUUGGAAAUGGAGAUCAUUGGACCAUCAACCUGUCAGUGUCUCUUUAACUACCCCGGCCCCUUCAACUCCACAAUUAAGCUACUACCAGGGAUGUUAUGUGCUGGCUUUAAGGAAGGCAGAAGGGAUUCCUGCCAGGGGGACUCAGGCGGUCCAUUGGUUUGUGAGGAGGCAGGUCAAUGGUUCUUGGCUGGAAUCACCAGUUUUGGCCAUGGCUGUGCAAGGAGGAACCGUCCAGGUAUCUACACAGCUGUGGCAGCCUAUGAAAGCUGGAUCCAGGAACGAGUAACUGGUGCUUCCUUCCCUGAACAACCCAAGCCUGUUGCACCAGCUAUGCCAGAAGAGCCCCCUAACAACUGCACCAUUGCUUUGCCAGAAUGUGGGAGUGCCCCCCAACCUGGUCAUUGGCCCUGGAAGGCUAUUCUAGUUAACCCAACAUCCAGUCCCUGCCAUGGGGUGAUGGUAGCAGAGAACUGGGUCCUCGCACCAGCCACCUGCUUCCUUGGCCUAGAACUAGACCAAAGGAAAUGGCAAGUGAUCCUCCCAAGUGCAGAAAGGGUACCAGUCGCCCACAUCUUCUUAAAUGACAACUACACAUCGGAUUAUGACUAUGACUUGGCCCUUGUGGAGCUUAAAGUGCCUGCAAACUUAACUGAAGACACAAGGCCUGUGUGCUUACCCCAGUCACAGCACUACUUUCUGCCUAAGGGCCGUUGUCAUCUGGCCCAAUGGGGCCCUGGAGAUGUACCCUCUGUUAAUAAUUCCCUGUUGGAGGCUGAAAUGAUGGCAGCUUGGUGGUGUUAUUGCCUCCAUGGCCAGGAGGGGGAGCAAGUGGCUCAGGCUCUGAUGGACCCUAGAAUCCUGUGUGCUGACUACCAGGAGGAGGAGGAGAUGAGCAGCUGUUGGUUCGGUAGCCGCUGGAGCCUCCUAUGCCAGGAAUCUGGGACCUGGUUUCUGGCAGGUGUUUCAGCACCCACAGAAAGCUGUGCUCGUCCACGCAUCUUCUCCCCACUGCAACUUCACAGCCACUGGAUUGGCAGUGUUGCCUUUACGGCCUACCUGGAGGAUCAACUGGCCUGGAACUGGGACCCGGCAACUGUAUUGACACCGGGGAUCUGUCCCCUCAAAACCAAAUAUGGAGCUUGUGGCCUUAGACUAGAGACGGAAUGGCCCUGGAUGGCAGAGGUGCAUGGGACCAGGGGUGGAGUUUGCAUAGGCAGCCUGGUGAGCCCUAGUUGGGUCCUAGCACCUUCUUAUUGUGUGACCAGACAAGCCUCCACAGCAGCUGGUCUCCAGGUUUACCUGGGUACAGCAGGAUCCCAGGGCUACCAGGUGUCACGGUCAGUCACCAGCAUUCGCUUGCCCUACAGUAUGAGAUCCAGAGCACCCCUAGUCCUCCUGAAACUAGACACCAGGGUGGAGUCCUCUCCCUCUACCCUGCCUGUUUGCCUCCAUUCUGGACCUCCCCCAACUGACACAGGCUGCUGGGUGCUGGGCUGGAAAGACUCCGCAAACCGAGUUCCCUUGGCCGCUCCAGUCAGCAUCUUAUCCCCCAAAAGUUGCCGCUGCCUCUAUAAUGAUACACUGCCCUAUGGAACCAUCUGUGUCCAGUAUGCCAAGGAAAUGGACAGAUUUGAGAUCGACUCAGGGUUAUCUCUCCUGUGCGAAGAAGAAAGAGGCUCCUGGGUCCUGGUUGGGAUAUCCCUAAAGGGAAGCCAGGAACUUUUUACCCCAGUGGGAACCCAGGAGGCCUGGAUCUCCCAGACUGUGGAGGAGGCAUCAUUUUUGGCCGAGCCCCACUUCAUUUCCACCUUGCAAGACACCAGUGACCUUUGCCCCUAA